AUGAAGAAAGUUAGAAGAGAUGAAGAAUUAUUGGAAGCAAAAGAUAAGAAGUACAACGCAAAAUGUCUCAUUGGGAACUGGUCGAGUGAAAAAUUGCAGCAAGAUGAAAAAGUUAAACAAUUCCUUGAGAAGCGAGAACGUGGUGAAUUGCUUGUGCAGCAAACGAAAAGAGUUUACGAGACAUUUUUGGCUCCUGUUCAACUCUCAGCACCAACAACUUAUGUAUCCUUUGACCAGGCUAUUCAGCUAAUUGCUUUCGACAUGCCAAAUAUCCAUUCAACAACGAAUGGUGUGCCUUGGGCUUUAUCAGUUGUCGUUAAUGAACCACACAUUAAUCGCUGCCAAGAAAUCGAUCAACAUUGUGAAAUUACGUGUGCACCAUCGCCACAACCUGCUGUUCGUAAUACUUUUAUCAUUCGAAAGCCUUUAACUCAACAACAACGACAAAAUAACGUCAAUGAUGCGACUAAUACUAAAAUCACCGCAGACAACGUUAGUGAUUACAAUUAUUUAAAAUAUGGUCAAGACUUCAUGCUACAAUGUUAUGAAUUUAAACAGCCAGAGACGUCACUGAUGUUGUACUCAUCAUCUAAAAAUCCAAUAGCACACAACCAGGCUGAAUUUGUGUUCAAAAUGAACGGGGAAAUGAAACAAUCUGUGAGAUUAGCAAUGCAGAGAGCUAAUUUCAAUGCUAAAAACUUUUCCGAUGAAUAUUUUACGAAUGAUACAAUUCCGUCUAAAUACUUCCACUGGCGUUUAUAUCAUGCUCAUCCUGAAAUGCGCUACGAAACGAUAGGCGAAAAUAUUCCGGUACGAUUGUUUAUUUUACUCAUAUCUAACUAUCUAAGUAUGCUCACUCACAUCCGUUGA